CUCCCGCGUCUUUGCCGCGAGCCCUUUUCAGGCAACACUCAAUCGCUCUCCUCUCCUUUGACACAUUCGGCGCACACUCAAUGACGACACUUCCACUCGCUUGAUCCCCGGUACUGGAUGGCAUGAGCCUUGUCGCUGCUCGGCAGCACCUUUGCGACUAACACCACCAUGCUGCUCCGCCAUCUCACCUUCCGCUCGCUCCUCUUCCUCGCCCUUCCACUCGCUUACGCCGACGUCGAAUUCACUUCUCCCGCCGCCGGAACUACUAUACCUGUCGGACCCAUUGAAGUAGCAUGGAAGGACUCCGGGCUACCGCCUGCUAUUGCAGAGCUCACGGGCUAUAUUCUGGAACUGAUGGUCGGAGGCAAUGAAGCGAGCGGUAUGGCGAAUAUGCUGCCCAUCCAAAGCUUCGCCGUCGGUCGCCUGUUCACCAAUGGAAGCAGCCUGCAAGCCACCAUUGACCCGGGAGUAGCUUCCACGGUCGAGAACGGAUUUUUUCUCCGCAUCACCUCGACGAGCAUCAAUACCGGCGUCGUAAUCAACUACUCCGACCGUUUCACAAUCACCGGCCUUACCGGUGUCACACCAUCCUUAUAUCGAAAUGCGGCGCUAGCACUCAAUGGCAAUACCAACGGCCCUCCGAGAGGCGGUAACGCCCAGGCUUUGACCAGCAGCACACCACAGCCGACAAGCAGCGCAACGCAGAACCCCAAACAGACCAUCACUGUCACCGCCGCGACUAAAGUAAACCCUACCUCCGCGCUCCCGCAACCUCAUAUCGACCACGGCAGCAGCCUCGGUAUGGGCGCGAUAGCAGGCAUAGUCAUCGGCGUCCUCGUCCUCGUCAUCUCUCUCUUCAGUCUCGCAGCCUGGUUUCUACUCCGCCGGCGACGGAGAAGUAGCGAACACCCUCGCCCGGAGAUCAAGAUUGUCCGGAGUCAGGACUCCGUUACAACUCUAUCCGAGCUCAGUGCCGACGGCAGAGUGGUCGAAAUCGGAGCUGGCGUCCCGCCCCCGGAAAUGGACAGCACCACCGUCCGCGCCGAAUUGGAGGGCGAUCUGAUACAAUGGCCCUCGCCUCGGACGCCUAGCAGAGGGAACUCUUUUGGCCCUCUUGGCACCUGGGGCCGCUCCCCCUUGACUCCCAUCGCCCCGAGUAUCACCGGGGACGAGACACUCCACGGCACAUUUGAUUAUUUAGGAACGCCAACGACGCCUUCGAGCCGGAUAUGAGAGGAAGGCGGCAAUCUUUUUUCUUUCCAGCCCUUUAUGCCAUUUCAGAAUUGUACAUGUAUUUACGAAAAAGCGAGACAACAGAUAUCCCGAUAAUGGCACAUGUCUUCGGGCCUGACGCCCUCUACCACCAU